UCCGUAGCCAUUUCGGCUCAAGUCGUGGCACACGAUGGUUUUGCUGAAGCAUAGGAGCUCAACUGUUUCUCUUCACGGUCCGAAGCGCACCCGGCAGGAUGGGGCACCAUCCCUCGAAGCACGAGCAGGUGCAGUUGGUAGUGCAGUACGCGCCGCCCUCGGAAAAAGUCGAUGAAGAGGAAAAGUCAAUCGAGGCAGAGAAGAGGCAGUUUCAGAAGGUUCUGAAAUGGAGUGAGAAGACCAACAAGCGGAUGCUGGAUCAAAAGUCUUGGCAAACGGAGAUCUGCCAGAACCUUCCAGACAAGAUCUGCCGUUGCAACAUCUCGUGGCAGGCCAAGGAGCGUUUCGUGGAGUUCCUUCCGUGGAUGAUCUUCUUCACCGUAUCAGCAGUGAUCGGGCUCUGCAUCUGUGCCCGCGCGGUUUUGGUAAGCCAUAUGUCCAAUACCACGCCGAUGAGCAACGCCAUAUCUGGGCCCUAUCGGUUGGCAAUCAUGUGGGUUCUCCUCCUGCUAGAUGCCAUGCUCAUGCUCAGCCUCAUGGGGACCUGGAAGCUGUUUCAGACACUCAUGGCGGAUCUGAAAGACCUCGAGGAGAAGGUUCCGGACGCCAUCCUCAAGUUCAGGAACGAGGUGUCGAAUCUCAACAAGGCGAGCCAGAAGGAUUUUCUCAUUGCGGCGAGGUUUCUGACGAACCUAUUCAAUCGCUUGGUGCAUGUUGAAAGCAAGAUCAACGAGACAAUGACAACCGUGAACUCGAACAUGAAUUCGAAAGCGGCGCGCUGCUUUUGUGGUUCGCUGGUAAGAAAAUGGGACAGUGCGGACGACGCUUUUGUGGGGAAAGCGCAGCCAAUAUUUUCGAAAGUAUUCACGGACAUUGAGCUGGCGGAGCACGUCAUCGACGCGGAGGAGGACCUCCUCGGGAAGGUGUUGACUUACGAGGAGAAGACCAUCAUCCCCAUGGAAAAGCUUGUUGCCCUUCACGUGAUAAGCGUCAUUGAGAAGGAUGCGUAUCUCGCCUUUCGCAUCAUCAUCGCAUGUUGGUCGAUUCUCGUCUUCUGGACGACUGCCCACAUCCUCAAUGUCGAGUUCCGCGGCUGAGGGGAGACGGCCGGUGGUCGGCCACCAUUUGCCUCUUGCAGGGCCUCUUUCACCGGUGUUGAUUCCAGUGGCCCGAUUCACUGCUGCAUGUGCCGGCAUUUUCACUGCUGCAGCUGCGGCAGUUCCGGCCACGUUCGCAGGACAGCUUCUCGGGGAACACCCGAGAAGCUGGAUGAUACAGUGCCGUACGGUACGUGAGGCAUAUCACGGCGCUCAGACUUGCAGCGUAGGACUGACAGACAGAGAGUGCCACUCGUCCUGCGCCGCUCCUCCUGGGUCGGGAGGGGGAGCUAAGACGCGCAGACGCAGAUCGUCGUCGAUUCCCAAAAACAGAGA